AUGAGACAAAAAGAUGCCAUUCUUCGGGUCAUCGAAGAACUCCUCGAGGCCGCGACAGGCCAGCGUGGUGUGCACGGGCCUCGCGGGGGCCUUGCUCCUGUCCGGCACAGCAGCCAUGGGAAGCGGAUGUUUAUUAUCAAGGCAACGAGUUUCUAUGAUUCCCGGUUUCUGAAGAUGCUGAGAUUCUAUAUAUGUUUGACUGGGAUACCAGCGGCAAUAUUUAUAACGUAUGUGAACAUCUUCAUUGGUGAAGCUGAGCUUGCAGAGAUUCCUGAAGGCUAUAUUCCAGAGUACUGGGAAUACUACAAACAUCCUAUAAGUCGUUGGAUAGCUCGUUACCUCCUUGACCCCCCUGAAAAAGAUUAUGAGAAAAGCCUGGCUCUGCUUGAUGUUGAAGCAAAGAAAGCUGAGAUGAGGCUGAUGGCUUUGGAGGCUCGCAGACUGAUGAGAGCAAGGGGAGAUGGACCUUGGUAUCAUUACGAAACGCCUGAUAAAAAUCUUACUGACAAUUCUAUGAAAGCCACACCUGACAACUAAGAAGUCCCAAGAGAGUAUGCAGAGUUUUAAGUGCAUACCAGUAAAUUGUGACUGAAUUAUGCAA